GGAUUAACCUGUCUGGUAAUUGAAUUUACAAAGACUGAAAGUCCAGGUGCUUUCGGGUGAGUGGAGGACAGUACAGGAAUGGGACUGUGACUACGUGGAGAAUGUGCUCUGGGGCUACAGCUCACCCACACUCUGCUCCACUCACCCUUUUGCAGGGGACCAUGGAGAACUUGUGCUGAGACUGAGUUCUGGGCAGAAGCAGCAGUGGGCUGGCGAAGAUGGAGAAUGGCACAGGGGACGAGCAGAACCAAACUGGGCUACCGCUAUCAAGCCAGGAGAUCGUUACAGCUGAAUACCAAGUGGUUACCAUCCUCUUGGUCCUCCUCAUCUGCGGACUAGGCAUCGUGGGCAACAUCAUGGUGGUUUUGGUGGUGCUCAGAACCAAACACAUGAGAACUCCCACUAACUGCUAUCUGGUGAGUCUGGCUGUGGCAGAUCUCAUGGUGCUUGUGGCUGCAGGACUACCCAAUAUCACAGAAAGCCUGUAUAGAUCCUGGGUGUAUGGCUACGCAGGGUGUCUCUGCAUCACUUAUCUCCAGUACUUAGGGAUCAAUGCUUCUUCUUUUUCCAUCACUGCCUUCACCGUUGAGAGAUACAUAGCCAUCUGCCACCCAAUCAAAGCUCAAUUCCUAUGCACUUUUUCAAGAGCCAAAAAAAUCAUUAUUUUUGUCUGGGCUUUCACCUCCAUGUACUGUAUGCUCUGGUUUUUCUUGCUAGACCUUAAUACAGUAGUCUACAAAGACACUACUGUUGUGUCCUGUGGCUACAAGGUUUCCAGGAGCUAUUACUCACCUAUCUACAUGAUGGACUUUGGCAUAUUUUAUGUUGUGCCCAUGGUGUUGGCGACUGUCCUCUACGGCCUGAUUGCCAGAAUACUGUUCCUGAACCCCAUCUCUUCGGACCCCAAAGAAAACUCUAAGACAUGGAGGAAUGAUGUGGCUCACCAAAGCAAGCCUGUGAGUUCCAAGAUGACUAACAGGAGUUUCAAUAGCACUAUUGCUUCUCGAAGGCAGGUUACCAAGAUGUUGGCCGUGGUGGUAGUCCUAUUUGCAUUUCUAUGGAUGCCCUACCGCACGCUGGUGGUGGUGAAUUCCUUUCUCUCCAGCCCCUUCCAAGAAAACUGGUUCCUGCUAUUUUGCAGAAUCUGUAUUUAUUUAAAUAGUGCCAUCAAUCCUGUAAUUUACAACCUCAUGUCCCAGAAAUUCAGAGCAGCCUUCAAGAAACUCUGCAACUGCCAGCAGAAACACGACAAGAAACCAGCCAACUACAGCAUGGCCCUAAAUUAUAACGUCAUCAAAGAGUCUGAUCACUUCAGCACUGAACUAGAAGAUAUUACCGUCACCAAUACCUAUCUGUCCUCUGCAAAAUUGUCCCUUGGUGACAGGUGUUUGUCAUCUGAGGCCUGAAGCCCACCUUGUUCUGAGUAUGCGGUCGUAUAAAAACUUUGGAUGCUCUGUUCCCACCAACCUGUAUGAAAUGUAAAGGCAUUUCUGCUCACUGCAUUGCAGGAGUUACCAUACAU